UCUGUAGUUCUGUGGAGAGAGUUUUUGGUAAGUUCAUCACUGUCUGCUUGUUUACCCACAUCAAACCAGACUACGUGGAUCGUUUGUUAACUUUUUAAUGUAUUGUUGCUGACUUUUUUUUUUGGCGCAGUUAAUUACUAAAGUUGCAGUGGAAAAUUGGCUUGUGUGUGACAUUUGAAAUUUAGAAACAUACACAAUUUCAUUAUUUUUUUAUUUUUUUACCUUAUUUCGGAGAGGACACUAUACCAAAUGACAUCAGUCCAACAAGUAAAAGCUCCAACCAUGGUGCCAGUGCGUGGCCUUGGUGACGGCAUGGAGACAGAUGAACCUUCCAAAUCGCUGGAGGUCAUCACUGAACUCCCCUGCAAGAGCAGCCCCAUCCAGCUUGGCCCAAGGACAAAGUCAGCCCCACCUCAGAAUCCUGGAGUCCUUCAUCUGGGUAGAAUUCAAAAGGAUUUGUGCAUUGAGCUGGAAGCCAUCCGCAUUGUGGUUCCUCAAGCGGCCAUCUCUCAUGCUAUCCCUUCGAAGGGCUCGAGGUUGACUGAGCUGGCAGGGUAUCAAAAAAUUGAGCCUGUCGUCCAGUCAGAAGCAGCGAUAGACUCCCAACGGGAAGCACAGGAACUGAAAGCCACCCUGGACAAGCUGCAGAACUCGGAGAGAAGGCUGCUGCAGGAUAAGGAGGGCCUUUCAAACCAGCUCAGAGUUCAGACAGAGGUGAACCGUGAGCUGAAGAAGCUGCUGGUGGCCUCAGUGGGCGAUGACCUGCAGUACCAUUUCGAGCGCCUGGCACGUGAAAAAAACCAGCGUAUCCUGGAAAAUGAAACUCUUGGCCGUAACCUGACUCAGAUAUCUGAGCAACUUGAACGCAUGACCAUUCAGUGUGAUGUGUGGCGGAGCAAGUUCCUGGCCAGCAGAGUGAUGGCUGAGGAGCUGACCAAUGCCAGGGCAGCACUGCAGCGCCAAACCAGGGAAGCUCAGGGAGCAAUACAAGACCUUCUCAGCGAACGGGGGGAGUUCUCCAGAGACAUGGCUGACACUCACAGGUCACUAGAGCAGCUUUUGGUUUCUUUGCAAUGGGGCAGGCAGCAGACCUAUUACCCCAGCGCACAGCCUCUCACCACUGGUGAGCUUGCUGCAGCCAAUCAGAAGCUAGCUAAGGCAGUGAACUCGCACCUCCUUGGCAAUUUAGGCACAAGUAACAGCCAGAAAACGUCUCCACCAACUGCAAUUUACAAUACUCCAGCUGAAAAGAUGGCAGAAAAGGUGUUAAGAAUCUUGGAUCCUGUUUUAUGUACCGAAGAUGCAUCUGAAGUUUCCUUUUCUGAACCCUUACCUACACCAUUCCUCUCUAACAAGAAAAGUAUUGGUCGGUUUCAUCCCUACACAAGAUAUGAAAAUAUUACCUUCAAUUGUUGUAAUCGCUGCAGUGGGGAGCUAAUAGUGCUUUAAACUGUGUGCUGUACAGUACUUUUUAGUAUUGCAUUAAUCGCAAAGGUCACAAUCUUUUUAAUGGGUGCUAUAAAAUUGCCUAUUUAAAUUAUUAUAUUUUCUUAAACUUAAAUGGAAUAUUUAUAGGUCUGAUAGUGUAACAGAAAAUAUGUUUACCAUCAUUGUUGCAAGUUUUGCUUUUUGGAUGCAGUUUGUUUACAGGAGGGAGCAGGUCAAAGCAGGACCAAAACAGUAAGGGAAUAUAUAUUGUUUGUAUGUACUGUAGUAAAUUGAUCAAGUUUAAAAACAUUUCCUAAGUAUUAAAAAUGUUUUUUUCAAUAUCCUAUUGCAUAGAGUUAUGCAUUUUAUACAAUGGUAAUCAUCAAAAAGAGAAACUGAAUAUAUAGUAGCAAAUGUAUUUUGCAGCUGCUAGGUACGGGUGGAGAUCAGAAAUGUUAAAAUGAAAACAAUGUUUUGAAACUGUCUGUGAUUUAUCAGAGCUUUUCCAACAGCUUAGAGCUUUUCAGAGAGCAGAAUUUGAUUUAGUUUUUUGCAUGUUAACAGACUAGGUAAUAACUUAAAAAUAAAUAUACAGAUAGACUGACCAGAAUUUACUUUUUUUUUUAUCGGAAGGAGUCUUGUUUGUUAAUUUUGUAAAUUUAAUAUUGUAGACAAACAUAUCAGCAUGGUGUAAGAACAGUGUUAUGAGACAUGGAAUCUGAUGUGUUCAGGUGUAAUCAGGAAUUGUAUUUUUAUGCUUUCUUUUUCCAAAGGUUUAUAUUGUGUAUGCCUGACGCUUUCAGAAGAGAUGGUUGUUGGUGUUUUUAUUGUGAAUUCAAACUUAUGAAAAUAAGAUGAGCAAUAAAAACAAGUAUUUAUUUAAAUGUUGCUUGUCAUUGUCUUUAUCACAUAAUUCUUUAAGUGACUUUUAUUAAAGGCAGUGAACUAGUUAAUCGGUGAACAAUUUUAAAUAACUCGAUCUAUACCAAAAUGUUUUAAAGCAUAAAACUUACUUUAGGUUCCCGUACGCUUUUUAUUAUAAAUAAUAAACAUUAAAAAGCUUUAGU